CGCAUCCUUUUACGCACAGCUUGUUAAUUGGUAUCAACGCCGACGAGUGCAGAAGGAGAGCUGCAGUACAGUCGAGGCUGAGCUGAGGGGAGAAAUCAUCCACACCGCCGAAUCAGACAGGGUAAAUCAUCCAUCAGCUCAACACAGGAACUCAUUUUACAUCAUGGAGCAGAAACAAACCAUCAACUUUGGCGCUGGACCUGCAAAACUCCCCCAAACCGUGCUGCUUCAGGCACAGAAGGAGCUCCUCAACUUCGGCAGCACUGGUAUCAGUGUUCUCGAGAUGAGUCACCGAUCAUCAGACUUCAACAAAAUCCUCAACAAAACCGAGAGUCUCCUGCGAGAGUUGUUAAAUGUCCCAGAUAACUACAAGGUGAUGUUCCUGCAGGGCGGCGGGUCUGGACAGUUCAGUGCUGUUCCUCUCAACCUAAUUGGCCUCAAAGAGGACCAGUGUGCUGAUUAUCUGGUGACCGGCACGUGGUCGGCAAAAGCGGCAAAAGAAGCAGAAAAAUACGGCAAAGUCAACAUUGUCCACCCGAAGCUUGAUAGUUACACAAAAAUCCCCGACUCCAGCAGCUGGACCCUGAACCCCUCAGCCUCCUACGUGUACUACUGUUGCAACGAGACAGUCCACGGUGUGGAAUACAACUUCAUACCUGAAACAAACGGGGUGGUCCUCGUCAGUGACAUGUCCUCCAACUUCCUGUCCCGGCCUGUGGAUGUGUCAAAGUUUGGGCUGAUUUUCGCCGGGGCUCAGAAGAAUGUGGGCUGUGCCGGGGUAACUGUGGUCAUCGUGCGAGAGGACUUGUUAGGCCACGCAUCGAAAGAGUGUCCCAUUGUCCUGGACUACAAGGUGCAGGCUGAAAUGAACUCCCUCUACAACACACCACCGUGUUUCAGUAUCUACAUCAUGGGUCUCGUUCUGGAGUGGAUUAAAAACAACGGUGGCAGUGCUGCCAUGGAGACGCUAAACAAGCAGAAGUCCUCCAUGAUUUAUGACAUCAUUGACACUUCUAAUGGCUUCUAUGCGUGUCCCGUGGACGCAGCUUGUCGAAGCCGCAUGAAUGUACCAUUUCGUGUGGGAAAGAAAGAGGGAGACGAUGAAUUGGAAAAGAAGUUUCUGGACGGCGCAUCCAAACGUGGAAUGAUAUCACUGAAAGGACACAGGUCCGUUGGAGGAAUCCGUGCAUCUCUGUACAACGCUGUAACAGUGGAGGACACUGAAGCUCUGGCCACCUAUAUGAAAGAAUUCCAGAAAGAGCAUCAAUAAAACAGACCAAUUUAAAGGUCAACUGAUGACUACACUACAGUUUAGAAAAAGCUAUGGUUUACCGCAUGUUGGAUCGCAAAGGUGCAUCUAUAGAUACAUGUUUGCAUUCAAUGUUUCUAAUAAGCUUUAACCACUACUGUCGCCGGUAAUGUCUUAAUUACAUCUGUGUUUCAUAGAAUUACUAUUUUAAUGAACUCGUUGACUAACAGUGCUUUGAUGUACAUACUGUAGGUAAAUCUUGUUACUGUUGUUAAAAGUAUAUUUACAUUCCAGUAAAUUUAACUUGGCAUUA